AUGGCCGUACCGGCUGCUUUGAUCCCUCCGACCCAGCGUCCCCCUCAGCCUCCGGUCUCAACUUCUGCCGCCUGCACCACCACCACCACCACCUCCUCGUCGGCCACCUCCUCUCCGUCUCCGUCCAUCGCUCCCCCGCCGGCCGCUUCGGGGACAAACCUAUUCCGGCCGGAGCCCAUCGCAGCGGCGGCGGCGGCGGCGGCAGCGGCGGCCACAGUCACCUCCACCACCAGCGGCGGCGGCGGUAACGGCAGCAGCAGCGGCGGCAGCGGCGGCGGCAGCCCCAGCCUGGGCACCGGCGGCGGCGGCGGCGGCGGCAGCGGCGGCGGCGGCAGCGGCGGCACCUCCACUCCCAAUGCCAGCGCGGCCAGCGCGGCCAGCAGCCUGCCCGGCAAGCCCGUGUACUCGACCCCGUCCCCGGUGGAGAACACCCCCCAGAAUAACGAGUGCAAGAUGGUGGAUCUGAGGGGGGCCAAAGUGGCCUCCUUCACCGUGGAGGGCUGCGAGCUCAUCUGCCUGCCCCAGGCUUUCGACCUCUUCCUGAAGCACUUGGUGGGGGGCUUGCACACGGUCUACACCAAGCUGAAGCGGCUGGAGAUCACGCCCGUGGUCUGCAACGUGGAGCAGGUCCGCAUCCUGAGGGGGCUGGGAGCCAUCCAGCCCGGGGUCAACCGCUGCAAACUCAUCUCCAGGAAGGAUUUCGAGACCCUCUACAACGACUGCACCAACGCCAGUUCUAGACCUGGAAGGCCUCCUAAGAGGACUCAAAGUGUCACCUCCCCAGAGAAUUCUCAUAUUAUGCCACAUUCUGUCCCAGGCCUAAUGUCUCCUGGAAUCAUCCCGCCAACAGGCCUGACAGCAGCAGCUGCAGCGGCAGCAGCUGCCACCAAUGCUGCCAUAGCAGAAGCAAUGAAAGUGAAAAAAAUUAAAUUGGAAGCUAUGUCCAACUAUCAUGCAAAUAAUAACCAGCAUGGAGCAGACUCUGAAAAUGGAGAUCUGAAUUCAAGUGUCGGAUUGGAACUUCCUUUUAUGAUGAUGCCCCACCCGUUAAUUCCCGUGAGCCUACCUCCAGCAUCUGUCACGAUGGCAAUGAGCCAGAUGAAUCACCUUAGUACCAUCGCCAACAUGGCGGCAGCAGCACAAGUGCAGAGUCCUCCAUCCAGAGUUGAGACAUCUGUUAUUAAGGAACGUGUUCCAGACAGCCCUUCUCCUGCUCCUUCUCUUGAAGAGGGCCGAAGACCUGGCAGCCAUCCAUCCUCUCAUCGAAGCAGCAGUGUGUCCAGCUCUCCUGCACGGACCGAGAGCUCUUCAGACAGAAUCCCUGUCCAUCAGAAUGGGCUAUCUAUGAACCAAAUGCUGAUGGGUUUGUCACCUAAUGUCCUGCCUGGACCUAAGGAGGGUGAUCUGGCUGGUCAUGACGUGGGACAUGAGACAAAAAGAAUACACAUUGAGAAAGAUGAGACCCCGCUCUCCACACCAACCGCAAGAGACAGCCUUGACAAACUUUCUCUAACUGGGCAUGGGCAACCACUACCUCCGGGUUUUCCAUCUCCUUUUCUAUUCCCUGAUGGAUUGUCCUCCAUAGAGACCCUUCUGACUAACAUCCAGGGUCUACUAAAGGUUGCUAUAGACAAUGCCAGAGCUCAAGAGAAACAGGUCCAACUGGAAAAGACAGAGCUGAAGAUGGAGCUCUUCAGGGAACGAGAACUGAGGGAAACACUUGAAAAACAGUUGGCCGUGGAGCAGAAGAACAGAGCAAUAAUUCAGAAAAGGCUAAAGAAGGAAAAGAAGGCAAAGAGGAAAUUGCAGGAAGCACUUGAAUUUGAGACUAAACGGCGGGAGCAAGCAGAACAGACACUGAAACAGGCAGCUUCAACAGAUAGUCUCAGGGUCCUAAAUGACUCUCUGACCCCAGAGAUAGAAGCUGACCGCAGCGGGGGCAGAACAGAUGCUGAAAGGACAAUACAAGGUUCACUAGAUGCCUAUGCCUAG